AUGGUCCCAAUCUACAAGAAAUGGGAAGCCAAUCUGACUCGCGUUCAGAUCGUCCAGCAGGAGAAUCUUACACAGAUGCUGGCCUUCUUCUCGGAUUUCCAGCACGGGACGUGCAUGAACUUUGUGCUCAAGGGCACCGACUUGAUGGAGUCCUUCUCCCGGUCCAGCAGAUUCGGCAUCCGCAUUGUCGAUUGCAAGUUUGCGCUGCCUAAGACGGACCCUGACCCGGCAUCCGACUUUGUGUGUCUGGACAUGCCCGAGUAUCCAAUCGAACAUGACGAUAUAACCAUUGCGUUCGAUUCGGAGACUGGUGACAUAUUCCAUUCUCCUACCAUGUCGCAUUCUAGCGAGGCCAUUGGCGCCGCCACGCGCUCGCUCCAUGCUGACGACGUGCUUAACGUCGUCACCGAUGUCGCUCCUCCGUUGCACCUAUCCACCACCUUCCGGUACUCUGACAACCCGGAGGAUCUGAUGCCGGCUGCAGAUGUUUCCACCUUCGAAAACCCCAAGCCUACCUCUCACGUUUACUCCCGGUUCACCGCACCCAAUUUCACUCGCUUUGAAACUAUCCUCUCCUCCCUCUGUAAUGGCAAAGCCCUCAGCUACUCGUCCGGCCUCUCUGCUCUGCACGCCGCCUUGACUCUGCUCAAUCCACGCCGCAUUGCCAUCGGUGAUGGCUACCACGGCUGCCACGGAGUGAUCGGCUUGUUCACUCGUCUGACCGGACUGAAGAAACUCGAUCUGGACUGUCCUGCGGAACAAUUGGAAGCCGGCGACGUCAUCCUCCUUGAGACACCGGUCAACCCCCAAGGCAUCGCGUUCGACAUCGCCGCCUACGCGGAGAAGGCACAUUCGCGCGGCGCCUACCUGAUCGUCGACAGCACGUUUGCGCCGCCAGGCCUCCAGGAUCCGUUCAAGCAUGGCUCCGAUCUAGUUAUGCAUUCCGGAUCGAAAUAUUUCGGCGGACACAGCGACGUCCUGUGCGGCGUGCUAGUCACCCAGCGCGAGGACUGGGCCAAGCAACUCCACCUAGACAGACUCUUCAUCGGCAGCGUAAUGGGCAACAUGGAAAGCUGGCUCGGCGUCCGCAGCCUCCGCACCCUCGAAAUUCGCGUCCAACGCCAAAGCGACAACGCAACCCGUCUCGUCUCCUGGCUCGACUCCGCCCUGCGAGCCUCCAACCCUGCCCCAGGGAGCGACGAAGCUGCCGUGCAAGCCGUGCUGGGCGAAAUCUUCCACGCAAGUCUGCAACGGGUCGAGGGCGACUGGCUCAAGAACCAAAUGCCCAAUGGCUUCGGUCCUGUCUUCUCCAUCCAGAUGAAAGAGGAGAUCUUCGCGCGUAACCUGCCGAGUAAAUUGCAUUUCUUCCAGCAUGCUACUUCGCUCGGUGGCGUGGAAUCCCUGAUUGAGUGGCGCACUAUGUCGGAUACCACGGUCGAUCGCCGUUUGCUGCGCGUUAGUAUCGGGUUGGAGAAUUGGGAGGAUCUCAAGGCGGAUCUGAGCCGUGCGUUCCGCGAGUUGGCUUGA